AUGGCUACGCAGCCCGUAGAGUCGUCGUACACACCAGAGCCCUUUGUCGAGCGGCGGAAGCUCUCCGUCCUCCAUGGCCCAGUCGAUCCCCCACUGGUAGACCUCACUUUGGGCGAGCUGCUCGAACUCCAGUGCCAGCACCACGGCACGCAAGAGGCUUUGGUCACUCCGUGGAACGGAACGCGAUGGACCUACAAUGAGCUCAACCAGCAGAGUGGUCAGCUCGCACGGGCAUUAAUGUCGCUUGGAAUCGGUGUUGGUGACAGAGUUGGUGUCAUGGCUGGCAACUGUGCUGAAUAUGCUGCCAUUUUCUUUGCUGUUGCACGGAUUGGUGCCAUUUUGGUUAUCCUCAACAACACAUAUACUCCGACAGAAGCACAGUAUGCUCUCAAAUUCUCAGACUGCAAGGUCUUUUUCACACAAAAGAAGAUUGGCCGCGUUGACAACUCAAGACUCCUGGCCGAACUGGACGCCCAGUCGACCAAGCCUAGCGUAGUCAUCAUCAGAGGAGAGGCUGGCGCGUACCCAACAUAUGCCGAACUUAUGAAGCGAGGCUUGAAGGUCAGCCAAAGCGACCUCUACCGGCUGGGAAGAAAAGUCCUUUCGCACAAUGUGUGCAACCUCCAGUUCACGAGCGGUACCACGGGCCUGCCAAAGGCUGCCAUGCUGACUCAUCACAACAUUGUCAACAACUCGCGCUUCAUCGGCGACAGAAUGCGCUUCGGCCCCGAUGACGUUCUCUGCUGUCCGCCACCGUUAUUCCAUUGUUUUGGACUUGUGCUUGGCCUGAUGGCCGUCAUCACCCAUGGCGCCAAGAUUGUCUUCCCCGAGGAGGUCUUUGACCCGGCUGCUGUGCUGCGCGCCAUUUCAGAUGAGCAGUGCACGGCAUGCCACGGCGUGCCAGCCAUGUUUGAUACCCUCUUCAGCCUCCCCCUGCCGCCAAACUUCAACUGCGACAGACUGAGGACGGGCAUCGUUGCCGGUGCGCCGGUUCCUCGGUAUCUGAUGGAGCUGAUGGUCGAGCGCUUUGGCAUGACCGAGUUCACCAGCAGCUACGGCUUGACUGAGGCGUCUCCCACAUGCUUCAACGCCUUCACCGAUGACGGCAUCGACAAGCGUCUGACGACUGUCGGCACUUUGAUGCCUCAUGCUCACGCCAAGAUCGUGGACCACGAGGGCAAUAUUGUCCCUGUCGGCACUCGCGGCGAGCUUUGCAUUGGCGGCUACCAACUGCAGGCGGGAUACUGGAACAACUCGGAAAAGACAUCUGAAGUGAUGAUGCGUGACGAGGCCGGUGUCUUGUGGCUGCACACUGGUGACGAGGCAGUAUUUGACGAGGACGGAUACUGCUCAAUCACGGGACGCUUCAAGGACAUCAUCAUCAGAGGUGGCGAAAACAUCUACCCUCUGGAGAUUGAGGAGCGCUUGAUGGCACACCCCAUAAUCACAAAGGCUAUUGUCACGGGUCUCAAGGAUGCACACUACGGCGAGGUCGUGGCCGCCUUUUUGGAGGGCGAUAGCAGCAAGAAUGGUCAGCGCCCCAGCGACCAGGAGAUGCGGGAUUGGGUGCGACAAAAGCUCGGAAAACACAAGGCGCCGGCCCACGUCUUUUGGCUCGGCGAGGGCGGCGUGCCCGCCGACGUGCCCCUCACCGGCAGCGGAAAGGUCAAGAAGUACGAAAUGGCCAAGUUUGGAGAGGAGACACUUAGAAAGAGAAGACUCGAAAAGCUAUAA